UCGAAGUUGUAGCCCCACCCGCCCGAAAUUGUCAGUUUUCGUUAUUUUCAUCAUUAAAGGCGCUUACGUCAAAUGGUUUUCUGACAGUCAAAAUGCUUGUAGAACUAUCCAAGUUGGAAGCAUGAGGAAAGAUCUACACGUUAUAGCCCUUAAGAUUUUUCAGUUUUGCGUCGAUAAUGAAAUCGAAUUGGAAGUACAAUGGAUUCCCCGAACUAAGCUUGAUAGGGCGGACUUCAUUAGUCGUAUUAUUGAUGUAGAUGAUUGGCAAAUCACAACUUCCUUUUUUGAAUUCCUGGAUUAUACUUGGGGGCGACAUACAGUGGACUGUUUUGCCAAUUUCUAUAAUAAGAAAAUCAAGAAGUUUUAUUCAAGAUUUUGGAAUCCAGGUUGUAGCGGAGUGGAUUUCUUCGUUCAGAAUCUGACAGGGGAAGAUUGCCUCGUUGUGCCCCAGAUGUUUACCACUCAAGGUUAUUGGGACAACAUCCCCGACCACGUGAAACCAAACACCAAAGAUCUUCUGACCCUUUUAAUGAAGUCUAAGGUGGAUUCCACAGUUAAAAGGCAUACAAAAGAAAUCGUCAAGUUCUCAAGAUGGUGUAAUUUGGUCAAUUGUAUGAAUAAAUGUCAGCUUGGAUUGCCUGAGCAUCCAACCAUCAUUCCUUUGGUGUUGUAUUUCUAUAGUAUUUAA